AGUAGAUCGAAGAUCCAAUUAAUCUUGUCCUCAAGGCUCAGGCUCAGUCCGGCCUGUGAUGAUUUCGUUUUACACCAUAAAAUUGAUAUGCAGCCUUUUUAUGCGUUCUGUGCCUUGAUUUAAAUAAAGUCAUGGAUCGAGGAGGAUAUGAUAGGAUUCUAGCUGGCUUAUUUUGGCACAAGCUCUGAGGAGUCUUCAUUGAACACUAUGUCAGGCUUCAAGGCCAAGCACCAAGCACUGCAGAUUCUGCAGCGUCUUGCUUCUGGUGAAAAGCUUCCAGGCAAGGAGAGAAACCCAACUUUCUCACCUCGGAAACCUGGCAUCAGGAACUCGGAUGAUAUCCUCAAGGAAAAGUACAAUGAACUUGCCGAGCUGGUGGCCCUGCAGCGCCUUGAAAAGCAGGCAGUGUCAUCUUUGCAGAAGAUGUAUGUCAGUCCACCGAAAGGGGAGAGGAGAUCUCGGAGGAGAAGAAGGGAUGGAGAAACAAGGACGAAGAGGAAGGAGGAUAACGAAAGGAAAGAAUCAAAGAAGCAGAGGCCAAUGUCUGCUUCAUCCACAUCAUCCUAUUCAUCUUCUGCAUCAUUUACCUCAAGGGCAUCCUCAAUGUCAAAUUCUUCGAGGUCAUCCUCAAUGUCAAAUUCAUCAAGGUCAUCUUCAAUGUCAUCUAGGUCAAAUGUAUCAAGAUCAUCUGCUUCAUCAAAUACUUCAAGGGCAUCCACAAUGUCAAAUUCCUCAAGGUCAUCCACAAGGUCAAAGUCAUCAUCUACUCCAAAACCAGUUGAGAGGCACUUUGUCACCAUUGUAGAGGAGGAAGAGGAAGAGGAAGUUGUGAAUCAAGAUGACAUCAAGGAAAGACAGGUUGUCCAGUUUGACAAAGACCUAGCUCAAGAGAACAAGGAGGAAGCCGAGCGCAAGAAGGAGGCCUCAAAACGUAGAAGGCAGGUUUCGUUUGUCCUGGAAACGCAGGAAAAGAGCAGUGAUGAUGAUGACGAUAUGGAUGAUGAAGAAGAGAAUGUUCCUGAUGAGGAUGAGAGAUAUGUCCCUGGAGAGGAGAGUUCAUCUUCUUCUAGGUCGCAGGAUUAUGAUAGAAGUCGUGAUAAUGCAGGUGAUCCCACACCUCGUUACAUUGAGAUUGAGGAUAGUAUACUGAGGGAGAUUCUCAGUCCAAGGUCUCCUCGUCGUGGUUUUAAGUUAUCACAGAAGUCAGAGGACAGGGAUAGAUCGAAAUCACCCCAGCGGAAAGCACGUAGUCCAUCCCCGAAGAGGGCAUGGGAAGUACCAAACACUUUACCGCUUCCCCCAAGACCUGUCAAAGACAUAAAACCCUGUGAUCAUAAGUUGAGCAACACCGACAAUCCUGAAAUAAAGAAGUGGCUGCGUCACAAGAAUGCUCUGAUUCGACGGGAGAGGAAGGCAGAGUUGCAGAAAGAGAGGGAGAAGCAAAGAGCUGCAGAGGCAUCCAGUCAGAAACGGGUUGAAAGACUUGUGGAAUCUGAGGAAUUCUAUGAUACCUGGGUGAAGCAGAAGAAAAAAGACCUGAGGAGGAAGCACAGAGAUGAACGCCGUCUUGCCAAAGAGGAAAGGAGGAGGCAAGAAGAAGAAAGGGCUAGAAGAGAAAAGCUAUUCCAGGAAAAGAUCACCAUGUCUGUUUCUUCUUUUGGUGAGAGAGUCCCGACACCAAGAAAAGAGAAACAGAUAAGGAAGCAGUCGGGGAAAUCCAGUGGUGAAGACAAUAGUCCCAAGACCAAAUUGAAUAUUAGAAAAGCGAAAGACAAGGGUUCAGAAAUUGAUGGACAGCAGAGGUUUCCAUCUUCGAAUCCUUUCAAGGGAGUGACAUAUGAUGAAUGGAUGAAGCAAAAGAUGAAGCAAGAUGAGAUUAACAAAAAGAAGGAAAGACAAAAGAAAAAGAUUGAUCCUGACUUGGAGGACAUCAUCCCACAGGUUGCUAAAGAAAGGAUUGAAAGAGCCAAGAGUGGGAAGGGGAGGAGGGUCAGCAGUGCUUUGGGAAAGAAGGAUGAGAGACCGGAAUGCGAUCGUGCUGCAACCGAAAAGACGGAUGCGCCAAAACCUUACAGGUGGUCCAACGAUUCUACAAGCACCUCCGAUAAACAUUCCAAACAAAGCAGUGCACACGGCAAAGGGGGGCUUCACAGACCAUCCACUGCUAAAAAUCACCUCCGCAAUGCACCCAACCAAGAGAGGGUACCAUCGACCAAUCCUGGCAAGGUUCAUGGUCCUAGAGUCUUUUCGCCGUCUUUCGCCCGUCCAGAGCCGCAGGGUAGUGAGAGUAACGAUGAUCAUUCGGAACAUAAUGGAAAUAAGGGUAAGCCAAUACUGCAUAGAAACACGGCUGGUAAGAAUGAUAAGGUUGGCAAUCAAAACGAAGAAGGGCUUGUCUGGGAAAAGGCUUUGGUGAAAGCAAACCCUGCACAGCCAGUUGCAGACCCUGAAGACUUGUCAAUCUUUUUGACAGAAUUCGAUGGGUAGUUAGACAUAAAGUUUUACCCCACUAUUAUCAAACCAGAAUGUUUCGAUUGCAUGUAUAGCUUAUCCUUGAGCAACAAAAAAAGAGUGAGUCAUAUUUAAUAUGCCUGGACCCUGUUGCAUAAACAUUACUGUAUAACCUUGCCAUCCAACUUUACUGAAAUCCUUGAAUUUGAUUGGGUGAUUAGCAUUGUUACCAUGGUAGUUACCAUUGGAUGGCAAAGUUACUUUUUUAUGCAAUGGGGCCCUGGUGCCAGUUGUUUGUAUCAUGUGCAGAAGCAAAAGGCAAAAUAUUUCUAUUUUAAAAUACUAGUAAAAGAGUAAAUUGCUCCUUAUGACAAUUUGUUAUUGUCAAUAAAUUGUUUUCCACUAUUGAGCUCAGUUUUAAUAUGAACAGGAAAUACGAAUAUUCGUAGCUCUUCCACGAUUUGUCAAUUACACUCAGCGUUUAUUCCAAAUUGCACCAUGAUACGCAAAUUAAGGGACAAUCAUACUUUCAGUUCAAAGCUUUGAUUAGUAUUUAGAAGCACAUGGCCUUAUCCUGAAAUAAGUCACCUCUCUUCUCAUGUGUGUCAGUGUGUGUGCGCUUGUGGUGUACAAAGUCAAUGGGAGAUGAAAGAAGUCACCGCCGCUGAUUGAAAUGAACGGCAGUGAAUGGAGUGGUGACUUAACCAGGAUAAUGCCAAGCACAUCUGCAGAACUGAAAUUACAUGUACAAGGUACACAUACUUUUUUGUUUAUUCUUUUUUAAUUAUCCUUAUUGCAAUGCCUUUUCACAUCACUUAAUUCUUUCCAGUUAGAAAUGGACAAAAUUAUCAAAGGGCUGCAUUUUUAUGGAGAAACAAGAUGGGGGGAAUUUCACUUUCAUGGGAAUAGUAUUGGAGGGUGGGGGGGGGGUUAUGAGAGAUCAUUGCGGAGGAUCAUGCAUGUAAUAAACAGAGUACUUCAAAGCAAAUGUGUGUCCUGUGUAUAUCAACCAAGUAUUUAUUGGUAUUAUUGUAGUACUCAUUAUCGAAUUCAGGCUUUGUAUUUAAAGGAUUAUUUUGUGAAAAUAUAAGCUUGCAUUACACCAUCCCAGCAUUUUAAAAAAAUGAAUGUCUCACUUAUGAGAACAGGGAGUCUACCCACCUUUAUUACAGUACAGUUAUUUUAGAAACAAACUCUUCUCUAUAAUGGUAAGGUUUACUUGAAACUACAUGUAUGUUUCUACCGGACUUUGGAGAAAGACUGGUCUGGCUGUGUAUUCAUCAACAUGCUUUCACAUUGCAUAAAAAUUUUAAUUUUGUGAAUAAAUUCACCUUGAAGUCUAUGAAAAUGCAGUGAUAGCACAUCGUUUGUGCAGAUUUAUAGUACAUUGACAUUGAUUUGUAUAUCUUGUUUUGAUAUAUACUUGGGUGGCAUGUACUUGUAUAUUUUUUUAAAUGAGAAUAGGGAUUCUUGCUAACCAACUUGAUUACAGCACAGUUGUGUAACAAUGUUGUGUAACAAUGUUGGUUAAGGAUAUAAUUUCUUUGUCCUGCCCUUACCGAAGGAAUCAUUGUGUUGAUUGAUAUAUAAUUUAAAUGGUUAGGCCUACAGCUUCUUUUCCCAAAAGUUACAUUUAAAGUUUUGAUUUUUUAAUACUCUGAAGGUUCAAUAUUCUGAAGUUAUGUUUGUCUGCGAAGUUUUGUUAAACCAGUUUGUUAUUCUGAAAAUGAACUUAGAUUGAUAAUCCGAACCUUGGUUAAUCCAAAAAUAAAGUAUAGUUCUUUAUUUUGAAGUUCUGAUAAUGAAAAAGUGAGUUAUCUUUGUACUUUUUUUGUUUUAUUUUCGGAUUAUCAAGCCAGGGGAUUGGGAAUAAGAAUUCUUCAUUCAUUUUAUCAUUGGAUUAUCAAACCUUCAGAAUAAUAUACCCUAUUUACUUUUCAGAUGAACCUUAGAAUAACAAGCAUGCAAAAUAAUGCCACAAAUUUUUAAUGAAUGAAUCCUUUUUCUUCAUCUGGGUAUAUGAAAUUUGCGUUUUUCAAAUUAUUCAAACCUAUAAACCGGAUUAGUCAUAAACUGUAUUACGACUGAUCCCAUAAUUAUGUUGCUUAUAUCCAUUUCUAUACAUGGCCAGUGAUCAAUUUUGAAGUAUUUAUUGGAGAUGAACAAAAUGUUUUGUCAUGUAAUGAUGUGAUAUUUGUGAUAGUAAAUGGAUUAUAUUUUUGUGAAAUAUAUAGUACAGUGGAUUGUUUUAUAAAUUAAAAGUGAAAAAUGUUUGAAAAGUACAAUAUGAAUUUCAAAGCCAAUCAUUAUUAACUUCUUAUUAUAAAAUUCAAACUUGAUAUUAGUGAAUUCAAUUCAUUUAUUUCUACAUUACAAAAAAAAAAUCAUAUACUGGGAUAUUCAACUAAUAUUCAAAUUUUCAAGAAUUUAGAGAAUUUUACAGUGUGAUAUGUAGGCAGCUAGAAAAUAUAAAAAUAUAUUAUUUUUGUUAAUGCAGCCAAUGAACAAAUAUAGUGCUUUCAUACAGGUAUUUUUAUCUUGCAAUAGGGAGCAAUGAAGUUUGUAUUUUCACUGAUAUAAUGUGUUGUAAAAUUUUGUACAAAAUUGUGUCAUAGUUUGUGCAAUCUCAGGUAGUAAUUUUUUAGCUUGAAGCAAAAUGUUUGUUGUGUUUAUAAUCGAAAUGUUAAAUCUCUGUUCUCUCUAAACAUCUUUUUUAUUUUCCUUUCAGAGUGCAAAUGUGCAGUGUUGAAUUUAAAUGUGUACUGUACAAAUCACAUGUGAUAUGUAUCAAAUUGUUCCAACAAAAAAUAGAAGUCAAACAUUCAAAUGCAAAAUUAAUACUGUACAUGUCAACCUAACCCCCAAAAAUGUGCUUUGUAAAAAUAGUGAAUUGAGACUAAACGAAAUAUUGCUUAUAUAUCAAAGAUUUAAUUCAAGUU